AUGGUGAUUGUAUGUGUUGAGUCCUCUCUGGAGUCGUCAGGCCGCGGCAGAGAUGGUGGAGGCGUGGGUGGUGGCGAUAGCGGUGGUUCGUCGUCGACUGGGUCGUCAGAUUCUGGCAGCAACUCCUUUCCCAAGGAACCUUCUUCGGGGGAGGUGGAAGGCUUGGCUAAUCGGGCGGUCUUGGGUGGGGACGAUUCUGUAGCUCAGGAGCCCACUCCGGUGGUCCUGAGUGGGCGGAUCUUCCACGGGGCCCCCCUCUUUUUACUGCAAGGGGGCAUGACCGUGGAUCCGGUCGCUCUUGUUCCUGUCGGGGGCCUACGCCGGAUCGACGGCUAUGACUAG